AUGCAUGCGUCCUAAUUAAGCCAAAUCUCUCUUCCCCUUCACACCUCUCUCUCUCUAUCUCUCUCUCUCUCCACGGAUCUCUUCCUCAAAACCCUAGAUCUCCCUCUCUCUCUCUCUCUCUCUCUCUCUCUGCCUUGUUUAGAAGUUUCCCUCACUUUGCACAUAACACGAACUAGAUUACUCUUCUUCCAGGGGGUGCGCAUUUGCCAGAUCUGUGGGGUAACACUCUCGUUUGCCUCAAAAACCCUAAUAUUUCUGGCGAUUGUUGUUUCACGCGUACUGGAUCUGCUUGAAUUUGAUCGUCGGAAGCUAUGAAUGGUGUUUGGUAGCCAAAAAAAAAACUUUUGACUCUGUGAUAUCACGAAUGGCAAUGCCGCCGGGAAGUGUGAUUCCGUCGGAUAAAAUGCAGUUUCCGGCCGCCUCAGCUCCCCCCGCCGGGCAUUGGAUCCCUGACGAACGUGAUGGGUUUAUCUCGUGGUUGCGGUCGGAAUUUGCCGCGGCCAAUGCCAUCAUCGACUCGCUCUGUCAGCAUCUCCGCGCCAUUGGGGAUCCUGGCGAGUAUGAUGCUGUGAUCUCUGCUAUUCAUCAGAGGCGGUUCAACUGGACGCCUGUUCUUCAUAUGCAGCAGUAUUUCCCAGUGGCUGAUGUGGUUUACACGCUGCAGCAGAUAGCUUGGAAGCGGGAGCAGCAGCCACAGGCAUUGCCACCUCCGAGACAUUUCGUCUCGGAUCAUGGGAAAUUCGGGGGAACAGAGUUUAGGAGAUCAGGUCCAGGUACUUACAAGCUACCGGGUGGUCAGAGAGGAGCUGCGGCGACAGUGAAAGAUGGGCAGAAUUCGAAUUUGGAUUGCCAUAGUGUUGAUCGGUAUGAGAAACGAGAGGAAUCUAAACUAGGUGGUAGAGGGAACAGUGGGAAGGACAAGGAUGAUAAUGCAUUGUCUGUUGCAGAGGAGAAGAGAGGGACAGAAGGUAGUGAGAAUCUAGAGGCCAAUAGUGGAAACUCAAAAGAUUCAGGGAAUUCUGAAGAAUCUGAGAUAGUCAUUUCGGAAACUCAAGCAGGGCUGGCUAACCAUAAAUCUAACUUGGGUUCAAAAGUUUUUCUUGCAGACAGCAGUCUCUCUUCUGAGCAAAAACAGAAUGAGAUAGAGAAAGAGAGUCCUAGAAGCAAGGCAAAGGCGUUUGUUGUAACGGAGAUGUAUGAAGGGAAAACGGUCAAUGUAGUCGAAGGAUUGAAACUGUAUGACGAACUUUUUGACGCAAAGGAAGUUUCACAACUCGUUUCUCUGGUAAACGAUAUGAGGGUUUCGGGGAAAAGAGGUCAACUUCAGGGUCAAUCAUAUGUGGCAAAUAAACGGCCGAUGAGAGGACGUGGGCGGGAGCUGAUUCAGCUAGGUCUCCCAAUAGUUGAUUCUCCAGUCGAUUGUGAAGCUCCAACUGAUAGGAAGGUUGAGCCGAUUCCAACGGUCCUGCAUGAUGUUAUUGAGCGUUUGGUGGCCAUGCAAAUUGCCCCCAUGAAGCCAGAUGCCUGCAUCAUUGAUUUUUACAAUGAGGGAGAUCACUCGCAGCCUAACAUGUUCCUUCCAUGGUUUGGGCGACCUGUCUGCAUCAUGCUACUGUCUGAAUGCGAUGUGACAUUCGGAAGGGUUAUCGUCUCAGAUCAUCCGGGUGACUACAAGGGCUCUCUGAAACUCUCUCUUACGCCCGGAUCGGUUCUUGUGGUGCAAGGAAAAUCCGCAGAUCUUGCGAAACUUGCGAUUGACUCAACCAGAAAGCAACGGGUACUCGUUACUUUCGUCAAAUCUCAACCGAGGAAGUCCAUAACGGGAUCUAACUGGGGCCCGCCGCCGAGUAGAUCGCUGUCCAACCACCACUUCCGUCACCCAUCUGGCCCACCCAAACAUUAUCACAGCAUCCCGACCACCACCGGUGUGUUGCCGGCACCACCAAACGGAGUGGUUCAACCGCUUUUCAUCGCACCUGCCCCUCCUAUGCCCUUCCCUGCUGCAUCUGUUGCUGCCAUUCCCCCACCUGGUCCAAGCGGGUGGUCAGUGCCCCGUCACCAGCCACCACCGCCACGUAUGCCUCUUCCUGGCACGGGUGUUUUCCUCCCACCGCCAGGCUCGGGUAGUAACCCCGACUCUUUGGCGAAUUCCGACAAUGGCAACGGUAACAGCAGAAACUCAUCAGAAGAGAAAGUAGACAAGAAGACGACAGAAGCGUGGAAUGGGGAUGUUGCAGGAGAAGAGAACGGCGAGGACAAGCGGAGCAGCUGACAGAGGAGAAGGAAGAAGACAAACUGGGGGAGAUGUGUGUCUGAUUAAGACAGUCAGUUUCUGGGAUUUUAUUUAGAGGGACACAAAAGAGGGAAGAGAAACAACAUUUCUCUGUUUUUCCUGCGACUAAACCAUUCGAUCUAUCCUUAAUUUUGUUUUAUCAUUGUUA